GCCACUCAGUCCUCAGAAACCCCCAUCCAGACCUCUGAACAAACUCCCCAAGACCAAAAGGCUGCUAAACUCUUUUCUGUGAUAUCCCACGAGAUAGACUUGGAGAUCAGACUCAAGCACAAGGAAAUCCAGUUGGUGGACGAGGAACUCCACAAGUGCGAGGCCCAGCUCCUCAGUCUCCGCCAAUACUACGCGAUGCCCGCUGACCAACGGCCCGACAACGAACCAGCCUACCUCACAAUGCAAUACGCCAACUUCAUCAACGACAUGCUCUUCAAGGCGAAGCACCCGGUGCCUAUUACAGUACACGCCGCAUCGGGAAAUACGGUACAUGCGCCCGCCACAUCGUGCGUGGGUGGUGACGGAUACCGUACGCGCCUGCUGACGUCCUCGCUCAGACCCACGGGCCGGGCGUUUGGGGAGUGCAUCUACCGCCGGUCCGACGGAAUCAUCGUCAAACUCACCUGCGACAACUGCCAGCGGUCCAACUUCAGCUCCGCGCAGGGCUUCCUCAACCACUGUCGGAUUGCCCAUAACAAGGAGUUUUCCUCCCAAGACGCUGCGGCUCUCCAGUGCGGAGAGAUUUUGCCCGCAGAAGAGCAAGAUGAACAAGGCUGGCAAACGCUUGAGGCUAUGAAGGCAAAGGGGUUAGAUCCGACCAGAAACCUCCUGGUACCCCAGAUUGUGUUCGAGAAUACCAGU